GCCUUCCCAGCGGCCCCCGCGCCGCUGGCGUCACCGGCGCCCUUCAGCGGCGUCCAAGGAUGGCGUCUGCUACCAGCUUCAUCCGGAUGCUGCGGAACUGGGCGUCAGGGCAUAACUUACAGGCGAAGCUGCAGCUACGGUACCAGGAGAUCGCCAAGCGGACUCAGCCUCCUCCCAAGCUCCCUGUGGGCCCCAGCCACAAGCUCUUCAAUAAUCACUACUGUACUCGUGACGGCCGCCGGGAGUCCACGCCACCCUCUGUCGUCAUGUCCACACAGAAGGCAUUGGUGGCAGGCAAGUCCUCUGAGAGCUCCAUAAAGGGGCCAGUGACACCAGCUCCGCCUAUGAAGAAGUGGGAACUGUCCUUAGACCAGCCAUACCUGUGACUCUGGGUCUCUGCACCAACGCUUCCGCCUCCCUCCUGGCUGCUGCCUUCCAGGAAUUCCGACAUUUAACUUACAACAAAUACAUCGAGCUUCAGGAUCGA